AUGUACAUUGCUCUCUCUCCAAUAAUUUUAACUUUCCAGUUGUUCAGUGCAUGUUGGGGUGGUUCACAAUCCUUGGAUUGCUGCUCGAUCUUCGAGCCGACUUAUGUAAUGUUGAGAGGAAGAUGUUUUCGUCUUCUCGACAACUACAACCAAACAGAUUUUGAUGAAAUUGACAAACUUUCGGUACUAUUCAAUACUGUGCAAAGUACUCCGAUAAGCCGAAAAACUCAACCGCAGGUCGUCAUGUACAUUGGUGAUUCGCAUCCAGAAAUCGGCCUUUAUCCACGAUUCUAUCUGAACUAUCAUAACUGGAAUCGCAUUCGUUUCACUCAACGGCGUAUAUCAAUGCUAUCCGAUAAUCCAAUGUGUUCAGUGAAGCCGCUAGAUCAAGGGAAAUCGACGUGCUUUGUCUACAAUUGGAUUAAACACGUUCUACUCUCACCACUGAACUGCACGUUACCGUACUUUAAAGGAAUGCUGUCUUAUGUCGAUGACGUUCCUGUGUGUGAAACGUCCGCCGUUAUCAAUGACUAUCAUCGUAUAAUGUCACAAAAGCUUGAUAGCUAUGAUUGUCUUGCUGCUUGCGAACGAAUCGAGAAUCAUAUGCAGAUGUUCACUAGUCCAGACUACAACCGUCAUAUCAACUAUUCCCUCCGUUUCGAGAGUUCUUUCACCGAGUUGCAGUAUGAGCACUAUUCUGAAAUUCGUCUGACCACAGCGGCUGGAUUUAUUUCGGAGCUUGGCGGUCAAAGCGGGCUAUUCGUUGGAUGUUCGGUGAUGAGCGUCAUCCAAUUCAUUCUUUCUAUUCUAUCGAUUUUUACUAUCGGUUAUCUUACCAUCACGGUUGCAUAUUCCUUAGAGGAGCAGGACCUCAAGACAAUUUCACCUCCCUGA